AUGCAAUUUCAUUUAGAAACUGAAAAUAAUUUAAUAAUAAGUGAUUUUAGACCUGAAGAAUGCAUAGACUUCUUAUCAAUGGAAUCUAUUUCAGAUGUUGGAAUUUAAUUUCCAAAACCAUAAAAUAACAAAUAUAAUGUUGAACCUCCUCCUAAUUCAAAAGAUUUAAAAGAAAAAGUAAUAUUAAGUCCAUUAUCACCUAAUUUUGAAGGUCUAAAAGAUUGUGAAUAAUUAAUUUUACUUCCUUCAUAAAAUUAAACUUAAAGACCCAUUUAACAAAAGUCAUCAAUAUAAUUGAUUAGUAAAAACCAUAAAUAAUCAACAAAUUUUAGUGGAAGUUUUAUGAAGUAUUUUCAUACUAGAAGAUUUGUUAAUAGAAUAUUGAGAAAUAAACAUAUGUUUCAUAAAUUACAACCAUUACAUUUAGAAAUAAUUAAUGAUGCAUCUUCUCAUUAUGAUACUGAGAUAUUUGGAUAAAAAUCUCAUUCCUUUAAACCUCUUGGAUUAAUGAAAACAUUGCAUUUAUCAAUAACACCAAGUCUUCCUAAAAAAAUCAUUGCUAAAUACAGAUAGAUAUCAAAUUUAAUUUUGAACAAGUUUUAAUAAGUUUUACUCUAAAUUCCAGUAAUUCAACCUGAAAAUAAAGGAAGAAUUAUUUGGGAUGUAGUUCUUUCAAUAACUAGGUUGUAUUUUAUUAUCCUUAUUCCAAUAGAUAUGGUAUUUGAGGAAAGAUUAUUAUAUUCAGAAAAAUUAAUAAUAAUUACUACUUUAUAAACAUUUCUAUUGAUAUUUGAUAUGUUUAUUAAUUUUAAUACAGCCUAUUAUUAAUUUGGAUAAAUAGUUUCGGAAAGAUCAAAAAUUAUUCAUCAUAAUUUUAGCAAAGGAUAUGGAUUAGAUGCAUUUUCUGUAAUCUUUUUAAUUUGUUUAUUAUUUGUUAAUUGGGAUUCUAUUGGAGAUUAUGAACCCUUUGUAUUUAUUGGAUUAUUAUCAUUUACUGUUUAAUAUUAAAAUAUAACCAAAUUAACUAGAAUUUUUGAAGAAGUCUUAAAUCUUAAUAAAAUUUAAGCAGGUUUCUUGGAAUUGGCAAAAUUAAUCACCUUAUUAUUAUACAUUUUACAUAUUUCUGCAUGUAUUUGGAUUGGGGUAUUUAUUAGAGCAUAUAGUAGUGUGGUAGAAUAAGUUCUUCUGUAACCAAUGGUACUAGUUGGAUGAUAAAGGAAGAUAUACUUAAUGAAUAAUGGAUAGUUUAGUAUUUGAGAUCAUUUUAUUUUUGUACUGUCACAAUGUUUACUAUUGGAUAUGGCGAUCUAACUCCUUAAUGUAGAGUAUUGUAUUAAUUUUAGCUAAUUUAGAAUACGUGACAUGCAUCAUAUUUAUUAUGAUAUUUAGUAUCUAAUUACCUUAUAGUGUAAAUACUGUAGGAGCUAUAAUUGAUGAAAUUUCUAAAUAUAGUGAAUAAAAAUUGUAGAAACUACGCAUAAUUAAUACAUAUAUGGCUAAAAAGAAGAUCACCUAUGAAUUGUAGGUGAAAAUUCGAUAAUAUUUAGCAUAUUAUUGGGAAUGUUAAAAUACAUAAAUUUCUUAAGAAGUUAAAGGAAUUUUGGAGUAAUUAUCAGAAAAUCUAAGGGAUUCUUUAAUGUUAGAAGCCAACUCAAUUAUAUUAAAUAGUUGUGAUAUGUUUUCAAAAUUUCUUUCUCCUGGUUUUACAAAGGCUUUAGUAAAUAAAAUUAGAUAUUUGGAUGUUUAACCUGAAAAUAUAGUCGAUUUUACAGAUUAGCCUGACUCAUAUCAGAAUUAUUAUUUGGCAUUUAUUGAAAUUGGAACGAUCCAAGUAAUAUAAGAUUAAAAUAAUUGUAAAAAUGAUUCUUAUAUUAAAUAACUAAGUCCAGGUUAAGUAUUUGGUCUAUAUGAAUUUAUAACUGGAACAUAUUGUAAUGAGUUUUAUAAAAGUAAAGGAUUUACUAAAUUAUUGGUAUUACCAAGAAAUCAAUUUUUAAAAAUAUUGAGAGAGUUUCCAGAGGAUAAAGAAAAAUACUGUUAAAUAAGAGAUGAUUUACUUUACAAUAAUGGUGAACAAUUUUUGAGAGAUAUAGGUGUAUAAUGUUACAUGUGUAAUUCUAGAGAUCACAUAACUAAAUUUUGUCCUAUGGUACAUUAUUGUGCAGAUAAGGAAAAAAUAAUUAAAUCUUAAACAUAUAUUAUUAAAUAACCAAGAGUAAAAUAAAAAAGAAAGGUCAGAAGAAGUUAAUUUAAUGGUAAGAGUGAUCAAAAAAUAAUAAUGGAAAUAGCAUAAUAUUUUAAAGAAGACUUUUGGAAAUAAUGUUAGUAUUAUGAAAUAAAUGAUAUAGAUUUUGAUUAAUAAUAAUAAUCUCCACAAUAUAGUAUCACAUCAGAUGAAGUUAAAGAUUAUAUUAAAUAAACUCCAUAAUUACAUAUUUCUAAGACAUCAUAAGUUAAUUAAAAUAAACACAUAAAGUAAUAAAGAAUAGGAUAAUUGAAUGAAAUACAUUAAUCAAGAAGAGCUGCUAGGUAAAAUACGAUUUCUCCUUUAAUGAAAUUUUCAACUAAUCAAUAAAUUGCUGAUUAAUUCACUUCAAAUGAAUUGAAAGUAAUACCUAGAGCACAUUCCUCUUUAGUAGAUAAUGUCAGUUAAUAGGAAAGUCAGAUCACUCCAGAAAAAUAAGAGGAUGAAGAUGGAACAGCUUAAAAAAGCAAUUAAUAAAUAGUUUCAGUUAAAGGGGAAUAAUUCUAGAUCAAAAAAAGAUGUAUGCCAUAACCUUAAUAAUCUUAAUUCACAAAGAGACUGAAAAAUCUAAAAAUAGAAAUUGAAAAGGAUCCUUAAAAGAAAAUGAGUUUAUUUAAUACUACAGAUUUAGAACUUUAAGAGAAUUGGUCAUCUUUAGAAUAAAGAAUAAUAUAAUUAAAAUCAUUUUAGGAACAAGAGACAACAGUACUUUAAUUAUAAAAUUUAUCUAUUCUAAUUUAAAAUUAAUUGAAUGAUAAAUUCAUGUGUUUAGAAAACUUUGAUUUAUAAAGAGAUUUUUAAUUCUAUUUACCUCAUAAUAAUUUUACUUAAUUAGAAGUAAGUAAUUGUUAUAAUAAACAUCUAAUCGAAAAUUUAUCUAGAUUUAUCAAAUAUUUAUUUUAUCCAUUCGUUUAUAUUAAAAAAUACUCUAAAUUAAAUGUUGAAGAAGACUAUAAAUUAGAAAGGUAAAGAAAAACAAUGUCAUUUUCUAAAAAGAAGGCAACUGUAGUGAUUAAAUUUAGAGAUAAGGCAAAACAAAUUAUAAACAGUAGAAGAAUAGUGCCAGAAUGA